AUGUCUUCUGCUCCAAUUCCCGGUCACGGCAGCAGCGUUGGAAACACAACAGGAUACUAUAGGCUCGCCAAUCGUGCGGACGAGAUCAGCCCGAAGGAGGAAGGCCGCCUCAACGAGGAGCACGUGGCGCUCGUCAAGCAGUACGGAUCCAAGGUGGAGACUGAGCUCUCCGCCAUUUAUGCCGGGAUCUUGGAGCUCCUACAGUCACACCUCGUUCCUUCGGCUACCACCGGAGAGUCCAAGGUCUUCUACUUGAAGCUGAAGGGCGAUUACCAUCAGUACCUCGCCGGGUUCAAAAAUGGCGACAAGACAAAGACCCACCAGCCUCACUUCAUCACUCUCACUGUCAAGCUGCUGCUUCUCCUUCCAAGCUCUCUUUUACUUCUGUUAGAGGCAGGGAGGGUCCUUUCAACUUGGUAA